UCUAGGUGUUUGGUGUAGAACUUGUAUUCCUGCUUCGGCAUGGAUAGCCUAGGCGUUGGUGUAGAACUUGUAUUCCUGCUUCGGGAUGGAUAGCCUAGGCGUUGGUGUAGAGGUCCCUGGCUGAGUCUGUACUGCCACUGGGGAUUUUUUUUUGAAUUGUGACUUUUGUACGAGAUAGUAUAGGAUAGCCCCCUGUUUAGAAUCUUGAUAUUUCGUAUUUUGCAUGAUUUAGUAUACCUCGUCACACUCGGAGAAAACUUGCCGAACGUUUGGUGGUUCGAGCUGCCAUGGAGGAUGCUUCAGAUGAUGAAGCAGCUGCAACAAACGUGCCGGAGGGGGGCAUGGUUCCCCGAAGAGUACCCGCCUUCGUUGGCACUGGCUGAAGUCCCUCCGAUCUAGAGUUCCGACCGGAGUUUCAUUUGUCUCUGUGGCCUCGCGCUGGUUUGGUAAGUCUUGUACUGUGAUUUAUCUUUAUAAAUUGUAUAGGUUUUGAACUGAUCGUCUCAUCUAUAGGCUGAUGGAGAUCCGUUGCGCACUUUUUGGUCCUUGUCAGACCUUCACAAAGUCUUUUCGGCCGUCUGUGCUGACGAGGAGGCCAUGGAGAUCUGGUUGCAGACGAGCCUGGUCGAUUUCUGGCGUGCCAUGGGAGACACUCAGAGGAGAACGGGGAUCAAACCCCGGUUACAGGCCUUGCUGGAGCGGUGGUGGGAUACCACCAACACCUUUCACAUGGCAUGGGGAGAGAUCACUAUCACCCCUCUUGAGUUUGCUAUGAUCACGGGUCUUCCCUUCUAUGAGAGGAACGUGACUUUUGAUUCUGAGUUGACGUGGCACUCGAAUGGUGUCAGGGGCUUGCUUGGCCCUGUUGUUGACUUGGGAUGAGACCCACGCUUCUGCGACGGUGAUCAUGGGUGCGAUCCGCAGCGCGGACAUUUCUGCGGAGCAGAGGGUUCGGCUCUUCCUCUUGGCUCUGGUGAGUAGAGUGAUGGCCCCGAGAAGGAACAGUCGGGUGCACAUUGGCUUCCUGACAGCUUUGCAGGAUUUGAGGGAUGUUUCGAGCCUCAACUGGGGUGGUCUGGCAUACAACCACCUUUUGUAUGAGAUGAAGUGGGCCUCCCGGACUGCGCCGGAGAGCGAGCCAAGUAUUGCUGCCUUGUGGAGUGUGCUGGAGGUAUUCGAGACUCCUUGUACUUUGUAUUUUGUACUUGUAUGUUUGUAUCUUGAACUUGAUUGAUGAUUUGUUUUCUUUUUCAAAGAUUUGGAUGUACGAGCACUUCCCGACUUUGGCGUGUUUGUACUAGGGAUGUGGCUUACCCGUAUGCUGCCUCUUGGAUAGGAGCGGUGCGCAGGAGGGUGCCUCUGGCGGCCUCCCGCAGAGCUUGGCGGGUUUUACCCGUUGAUGAGGUGGUUUGGCGUCCCUUUGCUGGUGCGCCUAUACCUGUUCCGGCUACUCCUGCCCUCUUCUUGUCUGGGCGGCGGGUCUUGCUCCCGGGGGUGUAUCGCCAUAUGUGGUACUUGGGAGAGCGAGUGCCCCUUCAGCACAGUGCGGGGGGUAGGCUUGUCCCUAAGGACCCACCGGAGUCCAUGUUAGCGCCAGACGAAGAACCCGCCCGGCUCUAUUUGAGUUCUAGAGGUAAUGUUGUUUGCCUCCCUUGGGAGCACUUCGUAGAUAGGAGGGGUCGUUACGAGGAUCUUUUGAAGAGGCUCGCUCCACCUGUACGCUUCGUACUGCCGGAGGAGGAGGUCGACCCUGAGGAUAUUCCCCGUGCUUAUAGGGUCAUCCUCUAUGAGAACUCGGAUGGGGAGCAGGUGGAGGUGACCGUCCUUAUAGCUUCUCCUCCGCACUAGAGGUCGUAUGAUGCUGUACCUGUGCAUUAUGCAGCUGCGCCUCGGGUGAGAGUGCGUCGCUGGAUGCUUUUGAUUGAUUCUUUGAAUAGGCAUUGUGCCAAGUUGACCCAGAAGCUUUCUGGCCGGGACAGAGAGGAGCGCCGUCGAGGUCGCAGAGGUUUUGUUGACAAGGUGCCCCAAGUGGAGACUUCGUUGAGGCAGGAAGAACCGAGCUUGGAUCUGGGGCAGGGGUCCGGUGCUGGCACUUAUCAGAGGCAUUCUGAUGCUGAUAGGGGAGGUGUCCCCUUUGUAUAUUUCGAUCCCACUAGGCAUUCUUUUGGGGGUGCGAGCAGCUCGAGGCCUUUCGUACCAUCUCCCGUCUAUUACUUCGGAGGGAGCAGCUCUCAGCCUUGUGGUGUAGAUGCUUGGACUUACUGGCAGGAAAUGGAGAGGAUGCGUCAGGCCCAGAUGUUUGGGGUACCGCGCCAGUUCAUGGCGAUGCCGCAGCCUUAUCAGUAUCCUUCCCCUCAGCAGGGAAUUUAUCAUUCUCCCGGUACUCUUCGUAUUUCGGAGCAGGAGCCUGGUACCCCUGGGACAGAGCUGGAUCGGGAUCUGGAGCGCUACAGGAGCCGAAACAGGGGCAAGGAGCCUGUGGUUGACAUUACGGCUGAUGAUGACUCGGGCUGACCCUGCAUGGUAGCUAGUUCAAGCUUACCUUGGCUGAUAUUUGUAUGGAUUGUAUUUGUAUGGAUUG